UUGUUUUGUUUGUGCUGUUCCUUUUAGUGUCUGUACAAAUAUUUGAAGUCACUAUUGCUUUGCUGUUCUUCAUUUUUUCUCUCAGCUAUGGAGGAGAAUUCUGCUGAGGAACACCAUUAUUACUACCCUCUUCCUGCUUCUGCUCCCAAAGCUGAUUCCAACCUCAGUGAUGCUGAGAAGGGAGGAACUUGUGCAGAGGAAAAUAGCCUUCACAACAAGCCCAGCACAUCACAGAGUAAUAAUCCUGCCAUCAACAAAUAUGCUCUUGGUGGUGCUAUCUUGGCUUCCACAAACUCCAUUCUCUUAGGCUAUGAUAUUGGGGUCAUGAGUGGUGCUGCAUUAUUUAUCAGGCAAGAUCUCAAGAUCACAUCAGUCCAAGUGGAAAUCCUUGUUGGGUGCUUAAAUGUGUGUUCUCUAAUUGGGUCUCUUGCUUCAGGCAAGACUUCAGAUUUGAUUGGGAGGAGGUAUACUAUAAUGAUUGCUGCAGCAACAUUCAUGAUUGGUGCUAUUCUGAUGGGGUUAGCUCCUUCAUUCCUAUUCCUAAUGGUAGGUCGUGUAGUUGCUGGCAUUGGUGUUGGUUACUCCCUCAUGAUUUCACCAGUGUAUGUGGCUGAGCUCUCUCCUGCCCUCACCAGAGGACUUCUCACAUCACUCCCUGAAGUCUUCAUUAGUGUUGGCAUUUUACUUGGUUAUGUCUCUAACUAUACAUUUUCAAGCCUCCCUAAUGACAUAAAUUGGAGAAUCAUGCUUGGUGUUGCGGUCUUCCCAGCUUUUGCUGUGGCACUUGGUGUGUUGGCAAUGCCUGAAUCACCUCGCUGGCUAGUAGUGAAGGGAAGAUAUGAGGAAGCAAAACAGGUUUUGAUUAGAACAUCAGAGAAUAAAGGAGAAGCUGAAUUGAGGCUUGCUGAGAUACAAGAAGCUGCUUCUGCUUCCAUCACAGGCAAGGACAAAGGAUGUUCUUCUUCUGAUUCUCCCAAUAAUUCAGGAACUUGGCAUGGACAAGGAGUUUGGAAGGAGUUACUUGUCACACCUACUCGCCCUGUGUUUAGAAUCCUUGUUGCUGCCAUUGGUGUUAACUUCUUCAUGCAGGCUUCUGGGAAUGAUGCUGUGAUAUAUUACAGCCCUGAAGUGUUUAAGGAAGCUGGGAUUGUGAAUGAGAAGCAGCUUGUGGGCGUUACAAUCAUCAUGGGAAUAACCAAGACAUGCUUUGUUUUGAUUUCAGCCAUGUUCAUGGACCGGUUUGGGCGAAGACCCAUGUUGAUGUUGGGCUCAUGUGGCAUGGCAAUGUCUUUGUUCUUGCUGGGCUUUGGUUGCACAUUCCUUAAGCUUUAUGGUGACACACAUGAUGGAUUGGUCAUUGCCUUGUGUGUGGUUGCUGUGUGUGCUACAGUUUCAUUCUUUUCUAUUGGGCUUGGGCCCACAACUUGGGUGUAUUCUUCAGAGAUUUUUCCUCUUAGGCUAAGGGCCCAAGGUUCCAGUUUGGCAAUUUCUGUGAACCGUGUGGUGAGUGGAAUUGUGUCCAUGACAUUCCUUAGUGUCUCAGAGGCAAUAACAUUUGGGGGCAUGUUCUUUGUGCUUGGUGGGGUGAUGGUGUGUGCGACAUUCUUUUUUUAUUACUUUUUACCAGAGACCAAAGGCAAGAACUUAGAGGAGAUUGAAGCUUUGUUUGAAGAUCAGACACGUCCUGUCUAGGAUUGAGUCUUAGAUUAAAAGUUUUGAUCUUUGUGUGAAUGAUCAAUUUCUGAAAUUGAAGAAAAAAUGGUGCUGUUGUCGUACAAGGGACAGACACACAAAUGCAAUUCUUUUUUUGUUUGUUUCAUUGUUUUGCUUGCUAAGGUACAAUCUGGUUUAUAAUUGGAUUUGUACAUUGGGUGGAUUAUUGAAUAGAUACCCUGAAAUUAUUUUUUCCCAAGAAAAAAUGUUUA